GUCGCAUUGCACCAAAAGCCGAUUGGUAAUUUUUCACUAUUGCAAAUUAGUCAGUAUAGCUAAAGUAACUUAAGAAUUGGUAUUAUACUAAAGUAACUUAAGAAUAUUUGGUAUACUAUAGUUUCACCAUGAGGUUAUCGGAAGAAACAAUUAACCAACUACAGCUGAAUACUGCUAGUAUAAGAAAUAUUUGUAUAUUAGCUCAUGUAGAUCAUGGGAAAACUUCAUUAAGUGAUUCAUUAUUAGCUACUAAUGGAAUUAUAUCUCAAAGAAUGGCAGGUAAAGUUAGAUAUCUUGAUUCAAGAGAAGAUGAACAAUUAAGAGGGAUUACUAUGGAAUCAUCAGCUAUUUCUUUAUAUUUUAAAGUCAUGCGUAAAAGACAAGAUUCUGAAGAAUCUGAAAUUAAAGAACAUUUAAUUAAUUUAAUUGAUUCUCCUGGUCAUAUUGAUUUUUCUUCUGAAGUUUCAACAUCUUCAAGAUUAUGUGAUGGUGCAGUUGUUUUAGUUGAUGCAGUUGAAGGGGUAUGUUCUCAAACUGUUAAUGUUCUUAGACAAUGUUGGAUUGAUAAAUUAAAACCUAUAUUAGUUAUAAAUAAAAUUGAUAGACUUAUCCUUGAAUGGAAAUUAACUCCAAUAGAAGCUUAUCAACAUAUAGGAAAAACUAUAGAACAAGUAAAUGCCGUAAUUGGAUCCUUCUUUGCUGGUGAUAGAAUGGAAGAUGAUAUGAUAUGGAGAGAAAGUAGAGAAAGUGGAGAAACUAGUGAUUUUAUUGAAAGGGAUGAUGAAGAAUUAUAUUUUACCCCUGAAAAGAAUAAUGUAGUAUUUGCAUCUGCAAUUGAUGGUUGGGCAUUUACCGUCAAUACAUUUGCAAGAAUAUAUGCUGCAAAAUUAGGAUUUUCUCAUAAUGUCCUUACUAAAACUCUUUGGGGUGACUUUUAUCUUGAUAUGAAGAAUAAGAAAAUUAUUCCUGGGAAAAAGUUAACUACAAAGCAAAAUAAUUUAAAACCAUUAUUUGUAUCUUUAAUUUUAGAUCAAAUAUGGGCAGUAUAUGAAAAUUGUAUUAUUGAAAGAAAUCAAGAAAAACUUGAAAAGAUUAUUGAAAAAUUAGGAGCUAAAAUUAGUGCCAGAGAAUUAAAAUCAAAGGAUUAUAAGAAUUUAUUAAAUUUAAUUAUGUCUCAAUGGAUUCCAUUAAGUCAUGCUGUAUUAGGUACUGUAAUAGAUUAUUUACCAAGUCCAAUUACUUCACAAUCAGAAAGAAUUGAAAAGAUAUUAAAUGAAAGUAUUUAUAAUGUUGUUGGUAAUGAAAAGGAUAAAUCAAAAUUAGUAGAUGUUGGAUUUGAUAAAUCAAUUCGUAAUUGCGAUUCAUCUGAUCCAGAUCAUCAUACUCUUGCAUAUGUAUCUAAAUUACUUUCAAUUCCUAAUGAAUAUCUUCCAAAGGAAAUAAAUGUAGGAUCAGAAUUAACUGCUGAAGAGAUUAUAGAACGGGGAAGAAUAGCUCGAGAAUUAGCUAAAAAGGCUUCAGAAGUUGUUGCUCAAGCAGUUGAUGCCAAAGCUUCAAAUGAGGAUGAAUUUGUAAUUCAACCUAAAAGUAAAGAUGCCUUUGAAUGGGAAUUUGAAGAGGAAGAUUUUGAAGAAGAGGAAGAAGAGGAAGAAACUGAAACUGAAACAUUAGUUGGAUUUACUCGAGUAUAUUCUGGUUCAUUAACUGUUGGAAAUACAAUCACUGUAAUUGGUCCAAAAUAUGAUGCAUCUUUACCAAAAGAUGAUCCAACAAAUCAAGAACAAAUUACUCAUGAAAUUGAAAUUAAAGAUUUAUUCUUAAUUAUGGGUAGAGAUUUAGUAAGAAUUCAUACUGUUCCAGCCGGUAAUAUUGUUGGAGUUGUUGGACUUGAAAAGGCAAUUUUAAAAAAUGGUACAUUAAGUUCACCAAUUGAAGAUGAUAAACCAUAUAUUAAUUUAGCCUCUACUUCUACAUUAAUUCAUAAUAAACCUAUUUUAAAAAUAGCUAUUGAACCAACAAAUCCUAGUAAAUUAGAAAAAUUAGAGAGAGGAUUAGAUUUAUUAGCUAAAGCUGAUCCAGUUUUAGAAUGGUAUAUUGAUGAUGAUUCAGGAGAAUUAAUUAUGUGUGUUGCUGGAGAACUUCAUUUAGAAAGAUGUUUAAAGGAUUUACAAGAAAGAUUUGCCAAAGGUUGUGAAGUAUCUGUUAAAGAACCUGUUAUUCCAUUUAGAGAAGGAUUAGCUGAUAAUAAGAAAGAUACAAAUUCCAAUGAUUUAGAAGAUGAAGAAGAUGAUGAAAGUGAAAUAUUGGGAAUUAAUUUAGAAUUUGAUGUUUCACCAAUUUCAAAUGAAGUUGUUAAAUUCUUAGUUGAUCAUGAAUCUGAAAUUAAUGAUAUUGUUAGUCUGAAGGGAGUUACCAAUAGUUUAUUAGAUACUUUUAAACAUAAAUUAAUUGAUAUUAUAAAUGAAUAUCCAUUUGAACAUGAAUUUGAAUCAGGUGAAUCAUUAGUAUCUAAUUUAAUUGCAUUUGGUCCUAAAAGAAUUGGACCUAAUUUAUUUGUUGAAUCUACUAGUAAUAAUAAUCAAUUUAGACAUUUAUUUAAUGAAAAAGAUGAUUCAUUUACUAGAUUUGAAUUUGAGAAUAAUGUAUUAAAUGGAACUCAAUUAGCUAUUAAUGAAGGUCCAUUAGCUGGUGAAUCAUUUCAAGGAGUUAUAGUUACAAUUAAGAAUAGUUCUAAAAUUAAUAAUGAAUCUAAAGAUAAAGAUAAAGUUCAAAAUUUAGGAGGUAGAAUUAUUACUUAUACUAGAGAUUUAAUUCAUAAAGAAUUUCUUCUGAAGAAUAGAAGAUUAUUUCUUGCAAUGUAUACUUGUGAUAUUCAAGCAUCAGCCGAAGUAUUAGGGAAAGUUUAUGCAGUAGUUCAAAAGAGAGGUGGAUCUAUUAUAUCAGAAGAAAUGAAAGAAGGUACGCCAUUUUUUACAAUUGAAGCUAGAAUUCCAGUAAUUGAAGCAUUUGGAUUUUCAGAAGAAAUUAGAAGAAAAACUUCAGGAGCUGCAAGUCCUCAAUUAAUAUUUGAUGGAUUUGAUAUGUUAACAAUUGAUCCAUUUUGGGUACCACAUACUGAAGAAGAAUUAGAAGAAUUAGGAGAAUUUGCUGAAAGAGAAAAUAUUGCUAGAAAAUAUAUGAAUACUAUUAGAAGAAGGAAAGGUUUAUUUGUUGAUGAGAAAGUGGUUAAGAAUGCUGAAAAGCAAAGAACAUUAAAGAAAGAUUAGUAAUGUAUGAAAUUAUAAUUUCUGUAGAAUUGUGUGAAAUAAUACUUUAUAUAGAAAAUAUAAAAUUAUACUUUAUACAGUAAUGUAUAUUAAAUUAAUAUUUUAUAUAGAGUUGUAUGGAGCUAAUACAUAGAGCUCUAUAGAGAGCUAUAGAG